UCACUGUCUCUCUCGCACCCUCUCUCAAUGUUUUUCUCUCUCUCUGUCUCUCUGUCUCGCUAGAUGAGCUCUUUCAGCAGUCGUGUGCUCAUGCUCCUGUCCUCAGUGUCCGGUGCCUGUGGGCUGCUCCUGGUUGGGAUUGCUGUCUCCACUGAUUACUGGCUGCUCAUGGAGGAGGGAAUCAUCCUGCAACAGAACCAGACCACUGAGAUUAAGAUGGCACUUCAUGCUGGGCUCUGGAGAGUCUGCUUUGUAGCGGGUGCUGAGAAGGGCCGCUGCGUGCCAUCGGACUAUUUCUCUGAACAAGAGGUUGAAAUCACUACAGAGAACACAGCUAAUAUACUGAAGAUGGUCCGCACAGCCACUCCAUUCCCAAUGAUCAGUCUCUUGUUUGUCUUCACUGCCUUCGUGAUCAGCAACAUCGGGCACAUCCGCCCCCAGCGAACCAUCCUGGCGUUCGUCUCGGGAAUCUUCUUCAUAUGCUCAGGCCUCUCUCUGGUAGUUGGUCUGGUUCUCUAUAUCUCUAGUAUCAAUGAUGAAGUGAUGAACCGCCCCAGUCAACCGGAGCAGUUCUUUCACUAUCGCUAUGGCUGGUCCUUCGCCUUCGCGGCCUCGUCCUUCAUGCUGAAAGAGGGGGCGGGGGUGAUGUCAGUGUACCUCUUCAUGAAGCGCUAUGGAGAGGAGGAGAUGUACAGACCCCACCCCGCUCUGUACCGGCCGCGCCUGUCCGAGUGCAGCGAUUACUCUGGUCAGUUCCUUCACCCCGAGGCGUGGCAGCGUGGCCGGAGCGCCUCGGACCUGUCGAGCGAUGUCUCCAUCCAGCUGAACCAGGCCCAGCCGCCGCCCCCCUCCUCCUCCAGCGCCCAACCGGGUGGGGCCACAGGAGGCUACCUGCCCCCUCCCUCCUCCUACUCCCAUCCCCACUCCCACCCCCACCACAUCCCCCAGACCCAGCCUCCCCACUCCAUGGCGAUGAAGACUCCCCCUUCCGCCGCCUCCCUGCACUCCACCCUCUCCCAACCCCCUAAAUACCACCCUCACAUCCGCAUGAGCGCCUCGCCCUGCUAGGCUUCCCUCCUGAAGGGCGCGUGCUGGGAUCCUGUGUUGUUUGUUGUAUGAAUGAUGCGGAAACGCUAAACCCACUUGAUCAUAACAAACUCGUCUUUCUCAGCGUUUUCGGUGUAAAUCUUCUCAGUGAAGGCACUGCGAAAGACUUCUAGUCUUUUGCCAUUGAGUUUAUUAUGUUUCUUCCAGCGUUUCUAAACUCAGCACUGUUCUCUUAAUAUGUCCUCUGCUUUUUAAUUUUAAAAAUAGAGUCUUGAAAUAAUAUUAUUGACCCAUCUCACGAUGCUAAACAGCGCACUGAGGACUGACGCUGUUUAAAGACAGCCCUCACAUUAAAAACGAUGCAGAGAAUUCGACACACAAACGGGGAGAACAAGACACUAGACAAGCUCUGUAGAUAUCCCUGCUGUGCUAGAGAAGGAGAAGCGACUUCCAGAGAAUUUUUCAGUUCUGGCCGAAUUCUCGUCUUAUUGAUUUUAUGGGGUUAGCAUACCAAUAAAAAUCAAACACCUUUAAAAUUAUGUUUUCCAUCUAGGGAAGCGUGAAUUCUACAAAGGUAAUAUAUAACAUGAUUUGCUGGGAUUAUUUUGUUCAAAGUUUUUUUAGAAAAACGUCAGCGAAUACUCUGACAUUUUAAUAGACUUGUUUUUUGUUAUCACUACUAUGUUUAUCCAAUACAAUGCCUGGUAUAGGUCCCAGGCAGUCUAAUACAGAGGCCAGUUACAAUAUAUUGAGAAAACCCUGUCUCUUGAGUUUCAAUCUGCAUAGUUUUAUAUAUUAUACAGCAACACCAAACACGAUUCAGACAGCCCCCUGAGCUUCA